AUGGCCGCCGUCAUCAACGAUACCCCCAUUACUGCGGUGCAGGUCGAGGCUUUGGUGGUGAUGAAAAUAGUCAGACACGCCACCAGCACCUUCCCGACCGUCGCAACUGGAGCCAUCGUGGGUUUGGAUGUGCAAGGAACCCUCGAGAUCACCAACACCUUUCCCUUCCCUACCGCCGAGGUCGCCCCCUCCGACAACCCACACCAACACCACAGCAAUGAUGCUUCAUCCUUGGCCGCCGCUGCUCCUCGAGCCAAGUCCAACCUCGUCUACCAGACCGAGAUGAUCCGACACCUGAAGGAGGUCAACGUGGAUGCCAACGGCGUUGGUUUCUACACCACCGCAGCCAUGGGCAACUUUGUCAACCUCAACUUCAUCGAGAACCAGUACCAGUACCAGAAGGAGAGCGAGAACAACGUCGCUCUCGUCCACGAUGUCAGCCGGAGCUCACAGGGCGCCCUGAACCUGCGCGCCUUCAAGCUGUCGCAAAGCUUCAUGGCCGCAUUCAAGGAGGGCAAGUUCACAACCGAGAGUCUGCAAAAGUCCAAGCUCAGCUUUAAGGACAUUCUCGUCGAGCUCCCCGUCACCAUCCACAACUCUCACCUGCUCGCUUCCUACAUCCACCAACUGCCGGGCCUUCCCACUAAGGCCGAGGCCGACUUGCCCACCUCGGUUGCCGACAUCGAGAAGGCCGAGGUCAAGCUGCCCCUGUACCCAUCAAUCGAGACUCUGGACCUCUCCAUCGACCCAUUCCUCGAGAAGUCUUGCGAUCUCCUCCUCGAGAGCAUAGAGUCCCACUACACCGAGCUCAACAACCACCAGUACUACCAGCGACAACUUGCCCGUGAGCAGACCAAGAUCACAGCAUGGCAAGCAAAGCGCAAGGCAGAGAAUGCGGGUCGUGCGGCUUCCAAGCAAGAACCUCUUCCCGAGGAUGAGUGGCAGAGACUGUUCAAGUUGCCCCAGGAGCCUAGUCGGCUGGAGGGCAUGCUGAACGCCAAGCAAGUGGACCAAUACAGCAAGCAGAUCGAUGGCUUCACCGCCAACGUCAGUGCCAAGAUGUUCGCAGUCAGGGGCAACCUGAUGCCUUCUACUCAGUGA